GUGACAACUUCUUGUAUUUGUGCGGUAUUUCAGUCAUUUCAUGUAGCAGCUUGGCUGAAAUUUACAAAUUGUCUGAUUUUUAAACCAACUGUCCGGUUUGACUGCAGGCUCAUUUGGUGAGGUGAUGAGUGUCAUUACAGUCCAGUGUGUGAAAAUGGUGACAGCCAACAUGUUACUGAGUGUCUUCUUUGUUUCAGGUGCUUUGGCUGAUUGUCCUGCUGAUUCAGCCCUCUUCAUUAUUGCACCAAAGAACAUGGAAGCAUUGAAUGGAUCUUGUUUGCAAAUCCCAUGUAACUUUACAUCUGAUCUAAAAGAGGAGUUCAACAGUACAAGAACAUUUUUUGGAGUGUGGAUUAAAAAUAACUCAAAUUUUGGCUCCAAUCCAAACAAUGUGAUUUUCAACAGUAGUAAGACAGUUAACACCUACCCAAUGAAUAUCACUGGAAACCUGAGUGAGAAAAACUGCACCACUUUAUUUUCCAGUUUAAAAACAAAUUACACAGACACAUACUACUUCAGAAUUGAGAAUAGUGCAUCCAGGGCAACAGCUAUUUGUGAUCCUCUUCCAAUAACAGUUAAAGAUUCUCCUCCGAGCCCCAGCAUUGAGAUCUCAGGUGAUCUGAAGGAGAAGGAGUCUGUCACUAUAACCUGCUCAGCUUCCACUCCCUGUCCACACUCCCCUCCUAAACUCACCUGGAAUCUCACACAACACCCUCACAACACAAUAGAGGAAAACACAAAUCGAACCUUCACAACUAAAAUCCAGGAGACCAUCACUCUGUCAGACAAACAUGAUGGAGUCACCAUCACCUGUUCUGCCACAUAUCCUGUGGAUGGAGGAAACUAUAAGACAGCAGAGGAGAGAAAGACUCUCAGUGUUUCAUAUGCUCCCAAGGACACCUCAGUGUCCAUCAGUCCAUCAGGUUUGGUGUCAGCAGGUAGCUGGGUGAACCUGACCUGCUCCAGCAGAGCCAAUCCUCCCAUCAGCAGCUUCACCUGGUUCAAGACCAGCAAACAUGAACCCAUCAAAGUGUCUGAAGGAGACUUUUACAGCUGUAAUGUCACUGAUGGAGAAGUUUAUUACUGUGUGGCCACAAAUGAUCUUGGUAAUGGAACAUCAUCAAAGAUCCAUCUGACUGUUAAAGGAGAUAGCUUAAUACGAUGGGGAGCAGUUAUUGGAGGAAUCAUUGUGAUCAUUGCACUCAUCUGCCUGGUCGUCUGUGUUUGGCGUUUAAAGUCGACACGUUCAACUGCACAACAGACUCAGAGUCAAACAGGUGAAGAGCUUGUGCUUGAAGAGCCAGCAAGUAAAGCAGAAGAAGACAUCCAUUAUGGAGAGAUCGACUUCUCCAAGCGGAGACCUGGACCGCCCUCGGCCUCAAAGCAGGACAGUGGACAGCAGGAGGAUCCACUGUAUGCACAGGUCAAUGUGUCCGAGACAGCAAACGUCCCAGAGGAUCUCUACGCUCAGGUGAAGAGAAAAUGAGUAUUGUCUUGUGAUCACAUUUUGAUUGGAUCUAUAUUGAUAUAAGAUAUUUUAUGUCAAAAAAAGACACUGGCGCUGGACAGGAAAAAGACAUCUUCAUUUCACACAGUUAAGGAGAACUCAAAACCUCCACAUCCUGCAGCUCAGAUAGUUUUGUCAGUCAUGGUAAUAUCUUAGUUCAUAUUUGUGAAAUGACCUAAUUUGGCUGUUGCUGUGUGAUUUGUAAUCUGCAUAUCAGAUCAGUGCAAAUAUAAGUCACAAAGUUCUGUACACACAUUACCAGUGUAGGACAAGCUUGUAUUUAAUCUGGAAAUGUUUGUGUAAUUUAUUAUCUUAUAUAAUACAGAUAAUUUUUUACUAGGUAUGUUUAAUCUCAUGUACUUAUCUACUGUGUUGUGUCUACAUUUUUAUUUGUAUUUGAAUGACUUUCGAAGAUGAACAUAAGACAUUGUAUCUGCAUUUUAAGUCAUUUAUUCAUUGCACUGUAAUAAAAACCUUGGCAUACAAUUCCUAAAAAUACCUGUUAAUCUCAGUUGCAUUUAUUGGUCCAACAUUUCACAUAUUGUGUGUAAACAUCACCUGAAAUCAGACAGUUGAAUCACAAACAUUACAAAAGUGGCAAGAUGAAUGAUGCAUAGUAAUUCCCACUGGAACUUUGCUACAAUGUUUUGA